AUGGGUCUCGUGAGGCACAUGAGCCACGUCGACCGUGAGGAGUUGUAUACAGACCUCGAGGCGCGCAUCCGCUACCUCCACAGCUUCCUCGACUUCAGCAGCAAGGACAUCGAGGCCCUCACAUCGGGCGCGAAAUACGUCAAGGCCCUGAUCCCCGCCGUCGUCAACAUCGUCUACCACAAGCUGCUGCAGUACGAUAUCACCGCCCGCGCCUUCGCCACCCGCUCCACCAGCUUCGAAGGCCCCAUGGACGACGUCCCCAGCGACGACUCGCCCCAGAUCCUGCACCGCAAGAUGUUCCUCCGCGCCUACCUGGCCAAGCUGUGCUCCGACCCGAGCAGGAUGGAGUUCUGGGAGUACCUCGACAAAGUCGGUAUGAUGCACGUCGGCCUCGGCCGCCAGCACCCCCUGCACGUCGAGUACAUCCACCUCGGCGCCUGCUUGUCCUUCAUCCAGGACGUCAUGACCGAGGCCGUCCUCUCGCACCCGCGGCUGGCCAUGCAGCGCAAGAUCGGCCUCGUCAAGGCCCUCGGCAAGGUCAUCUGGAUCCAGAACGACCUCAUGGCCAAGUGGCACGUCCGCGACGGCGCCGAGUUCGCCGCCAUCCUCGGCGACGGGCCCGAGAUCGAGGAGGAGGGGUAUCUGCACGGCCACAAGGUUCUCGAGAGCGAGCCGGGCGAGGAGAACGGGCACGACAGGGAGGGGCCCAGGUCGCCUUCGAAGUUGCCGCGGCCGAGCAGCGCCGACAGCGGGGUGUGUCCGUUCUCGGGGAUCGCGGCCGGCGUGGAUGCGCCGAACGUCGAGAGCGCCGCGUAG